GGGCGGGGCGGGAGAGGGGCGGCGCGGCCGGACCCGGGCGCGCACUCGGCCCGGCCGGGGCCCCAGCAUGGCCGAGCCGCUGCUCAGGAAAACCUUCUCCCGCCUGCGGGGCCGGGAGAAACUUCCCCGGAAAAAGUCCGACGCGAAGGAGCGCGGCCUCCCAGCCCAGCACCCAGAGCCCAGUCCUCCAGAGCCAGAGCCCCAGGCCCCCGAAGGGUCCCAGGCUGAAACAGAGGGACCCCCCAGCCCUGAGGCAUCUCGCAGUCCUGCGCGGGGGGCCUACCUGCAAAGCCUGGAGCCCAGCAGCCGCCGAUGGUUGCUGGGUGGGGCCAAGCCACCAGAGGAGGCCACAUUGGGGCCUGGGGCACCUGGCAGUGGGGAGCCUGCUGGAGAGAUCUGGUACAACCCCAUCCCUGAGGAGGACCCCAGACCGCUGGCACUUCAGUCCCCAGGGCCACAGCCAGGCUUGGCGGAGUCAGAGGGCCCGGCCUCAGAAGGCAUGGCCCCUGCCAGUCCCCCAACCAAAGCCUCACGCACCAAGUCCCCAGGCCCUGCCAGGCGCCUCUCCAUGAAAAUGAAGAAGCUGCCGGAGCUACGGCGCCGCCUGAGCCUGAGGGGCACCCGAGCUGGACGAGAACGCGAGAGGGCCGCCCCCACUGGCUCUGUCAUCAGCCGUUACCACCUGGACAGCAGCGUGGGGACCCCCGGGCGGGCAGCUGUGGCGGGGGGUACCAGGGGCCCUCAGGCCGGGUACCUCAGUGAUGGUGACUCACCGGAACGCCCAGUGGGUCCCCCAUCACCCACCACCUUCCGGCCCUAUGAGGUGGGCCCAUCGGCCCGGGCGCCCCCAGCUGCACUCUGGGGCCGCCUCAGCCUGCACCUGUAUGGGCUGGGGGGGCUGCGGCCAGCACCCGGGGCUACCCCGAGAGACCUCUGCUGCCUGCUGCAGGUGGAUGGAGUGGCCCGGGCCCGCACAGGACCACUACGUGGGGGGCCCGACUUCCUACGGCUGGACCACACCUUCCACCUGGAACUUGAGGCUGCCCGGCUGCUGCGGGCCCUGGUGCUGGCAUGGGACCCUGGUGUGCGGCGGCACAGGCCCUGUGCCCAGGGCACUGUGCUGCUGCCCACAGUUUUCCGAGGGUGCCAGGCCCAGCAGCUGGCUGUGCGCCUGGAGCCCCAGGGGCUGCUAUAUGCCAAGCUGACCCUGUCCGAGCAGCAGGAAGCACCAGAUACAGCUGAACCCCGCGUCUUCGGGCUGCCCCUGCCGCUGCUAGUGGAGCGGGAGCAGCCCCCCGGCCAGGUGCCCCUCAUCAUCCAGAAGUGUGUUGGGCAGAUCGAGCGCCGAGGGCUACGGGUAGUGGGGCUGUACCGUCUGUGUGGCUCCGCAGCCGUGAAGAAAGAGCUUCGGGAUGCCUUUGAGCGGGACAGUGCAGCUGUCUGCCUCUCUGAGGACCUGUACCCCGACAUCAAUGUCAUCACUGGCAUCCUUAAGGAUUAUCUUCGGGAGUUGCCCACCCCACUCAUCACCCAGCCCCUCUAUCAAGUGGUGCUGGAGGCCAUGGCCCGAGGGCCCCCAAGCAGGGCUCCCCUCAGCGCGGAGGGCACCCGUGGGCUCCUCAGCUGUCUACCGGAUGUGGAGAGGGCCACGCUGACGCUUCUCCUAGACCAUCUGCGCCUCGUCUCUUCCUUCCAUGCCCACAACCGCAUGACCGCGCAGAACCUGGCCGUAUGCUUCGGUCCCGUGCUGCUGCCAGCGCGCCAGGCCCCCACCAGGCCCCGCAUCCGCAGCUCUGGCCCGGGCCUUACCAACGCAGUGGACUUCAAGCGCCACAUCGAAGUGCUGCACUACCUGCUACAGGCUUGGCCAGAUCCCCACAGAUCCCCAGAGGCUCCAGACCUCGCCCCCUACCUGCGGCCCAAACGACAGCCGCCGCUGCACUUGCCACUGGCGGGCCCAGAAGUAGUGACUCGGCCCCGUGGCCGGGGCGGUCCUGAAAGCCCUCCGAGCAACCGCUAUGCCGGCGAUUGGAGCGUUUGCGGGAGGGACUUCCUGCCCUGUGGGCGGGACUUCCUCUCCAGUCCGGACUACGACCACGUGACGGGCAGCGACAGCGAAGACGAGGACGAGGCAGGUGAGCAGAGGGGCGCCGCUGACUUCGAAGACGAUUUCGAGGCGCCCUUCAACCCGCACCUGAACCUCAAAGACUUUGACGCCCUCAUCCUGGACCUGGAGAGAGAACUCUCCAAGCAGAUCAACGUGUGCCUCUGAGCCGGGCAGGACCCCGAUUCCUAAAGGCCGGGCUCCUUGUUGCUAAGAUGGUGCCCUGACUACCGAGAGGGACCACACAUGUCGCUCAGGCAUAGCUCCUGGUUACUGAGGAGUUGCCUGGCAACCCGCCAGCCCGAUACUGAGAAUCAUUUCCUGUUUCCAGUGCUAAAUAUUUGGGUACUGGUUACCCGGCCAGGGACAGGGGUUCUCGGGACCAGUCGUGUGGCCGUCUUUUGUGAGCACCAAGGGCUUCUCCCGCUUGCUGAGCUGGCCUCUCUUGCCUCCGCUUGGCCAGGGAAACACCUUCAGGUGUUACUGUGAGCAUCACCCUGGGAUAGUGAGACAUCCCCCAGUCCUUUGCUGCUGCCAACCAAAUCAGUAUUAGCUUUGAGCACUGCACUCUGCUUUUCCCUCGGGCGGCCAGAGGACUAUCAGGAGGUGCUGUUUGGGGCAGCGUAGGGGCAGCCGCUAUGCUGGGCUCCAGCUGGACAGGGACAGCUUGGGGCUUAUAGAAAAACAGAUGGUUUCCCCACUCUUCCAGGGAAAACCCCACACUUGCCUCAAACCAGCAAUUGAAGAUGGCAGAGUCUGGCCCUUCCCCUCCCCAAUUCUUCCUCCCCAUCCCUGAAGAAAAUGAGCACUUACAAGACCUCCCUUUUGGAGGGGCCCCACCUGAAGUGUCAGGCGGGGGGCACUUUGGUACGGAACAUAUUUAUUGCCUGUGUGUGUGAUGAGUGUGCAUGGACACGUCUGGAGCGGGCAUGUGGGGCUCUUUCAGGGACCAUAGAGAGGGGAAAAGAUUCACAAUGCCGGGUACCCUGAAAUCCCCAGUAUUGGUGCCUCAGUGGGUCCCAGAGUUCCAGUGGGAGAGUAGGGUUCCCUCCUGUCUCCCCCAUCUUUCCCUCAUUUCCAUCUUUGUGGACAAUAAAUCAAUAUGCACAGGUUCUGGAAUGAA